AUGCAAACACGUCCAACAUUAGAUACAAGUUCAAAUAAUUUAUUUACAAAUAUUGAACGGUUAGGUACACGUGAUUUAUUAUCCUAUGGACAACUUUCAAAUGAUACUAUAUUAACAUCAAUCCAAAGCAAUAAUACAUUACCAUUAUCAAUUAAUAGUUUAUUUGAUCGAUUAUUUUUUCAUCAUGGUUCAAUUAUAUAUCUAUCUGAUUUAUUUACAUCAUCACAACAUUUAUCAAAUUUAUAUGAUGAAUAUUUUUGUACAUGGUUUGAUGAAGAUGAUUUAAUAAUAUCCUUAAUAAGUUAUAAUUUAUGUAAAUCUAGUAUAUUACUUGAACACACAACAAAAGAAUAUAAUGAAUUAUAUAUACAUUUAAUUGAACGUAAUUAUAAAUUAAUAACUAAAACUCAUGCAUAA